AUGGAUUACGGUAUACCACAACUGCAGUCCGUGCAGCAAGUCAAUCAGGUAGCAGCUCGUGGCACGUCUAUUCUUCGAUUCGAGGUUGAUGACGCAGAUUGUGUAGAAAAUGCAGCAAGCGUUUUCGCAGUUGAAGACGGAUACGGUGUGUUUGACGUCACCCCGAUGAGUGGAGAGCUCUAUGUGAGCUCACCACUAGACUUCGAAUACCGGCCUCUGUACAAUAUUACCGUAUCCGCACGGAAUAUCGCUGGAGGACCGACGAGUUACAGGUCUGUUCUCGUCCACGUGAAAGAUAGCAACGACGAACGUCCACGAUUUAUCGGUGGAACUCCAGUGCAAUUUUCUGUCUAUGAAAAUUUGCCAGGACCUUUUCCUGCAGUGAUCGGCAGCACAAUAUCUGAGGACUUGGAUGAUGGCGAAAACGGACUUAUAGCUUACAGCAUUAUCAAAGGGAAUGCUACACUCUUCUCAAUCAAUUCAGCGUCCGGGGAACUCCUUGUACUUGGUCCACUGGAUCGCGAGGACUGCGCAGAACACUUCCUAACCGUACAAGCAAUCGAUUCCGGACUACCGAGACUCUCUUCCACAGCCGACAUCAAGAUCACAGUAAUCGAUGACAAUGACAACGAACCGGUUUUCGAUCAGCCGUAUUAUUCCGUUCAUGUGCGUGAGAACACCAAAAUCGGUCAAAAGGUCUUACAAAUUAGAGCUCGCGACAAGGACCAGGGACAGAAUGCGGUUAUUAGGUACUCGCUGCAGGAAAACAGUCCAUUUUCGAUCGAUAAAGGCACUGGGGAUAUCCGAGUCUCCAAAGCGGUGGAUCGGGAGGUGAUCAACGAGUAUAGACUGACAAUUCAAGCGACAGAUUCAGGAAGGUACGCCAACUAUACAACG